UCCUGGCAAACAGCAGUUAAAGCUGAUUUAGGAGCAGUGGGACAGACGGAGAAGCGGGUCAUGACGCCGCCAUAUGUUUGACCCAAAAGUGUCGCAUGCGCAGAACCGACACCGACACCAACGGCCGAACGGCGUUAACGGAGACACGUAGCGAUGAAAGUGUUACCUUUAAUAUCAGGAUAACAUCUCAGAAACAAGAUGAUCAAAAACUGGGGCGUCAUCGGUGGGAUAGCUGCUGCCAUCGCCGCCGGAGUUUACGUUCUGUGGGGUCCGAUAAGUGACAGAAAGAAGAGAAAAAGAGGUAUGGUUCCUGGUCUGUUGAACCUGGGCAACACCUGCUUCCUGAACUCUUUGCUUCAGGGCUUGGCGGCGUGUCCGGCCUUCGUCAGGUGGCUGGAGAAGUUUUCUGGCUCGCCUGUGAUCCAGUCGUGCAAAGACAACCAGCUGUCCUUAACUCUGCUCCAGCUCCUCAAAGCUCUGUCCAGCGAUGAGCCGGGGGACGAGGAUGUGCUCGACGCCGGGGGCCUCCUGGAUGUUCUCAGACUGUACCGAUGGCACAUCAGUUCGUUUGAAGAGCAGGAUGCACAUGAACUGUUCCACGUCCUAACAUCUUCUCUGGAGGAGGAGCGGGAUCGUCAGCCCAAAGUCACUCACUUCUUUGACAUGCAGUCCCUCGAGAUUCUCCCCGAUCAAGAUGAGAAAACGAUGACCUGCAGAAGUCGAGCCCCUCUUCAUCCAAUUCCAAAUCCGUGGAAGUCUCAGCAUCCUUUUCACGGUCGAUUAACAAGCAACAUGUCAUGCAAGCGCUGCGAGCAACAAAGUCCUGUACGAUACGACUCCUUUGAGAGCCUCUCCCUUUCCAUCCCUUUACCUCAGUGGGGUCGCCCCAUCUCUCUAGAUCAUUGUCUCCAGCACUUCAUCUCGUCAGAAACCAUCAAAGAGGUGGAGUGUGAAAACUGCACCAAGCUUCAACAAGGGAGCACAGUGAACGGACAAGUCCUGGAAAACCAGAGGACGACGUUUGUGAAACAGCUUAAACUGGGAAAACUCCCCCAGUGCCUCUGCAUCCAUUUACAGAGACUGACCUGGUCCAGUGAAGGGACGCCCAUCAAACGACAGGAGCAUGUGCAGUUCACAGAGUACCUCUCCAUGGACCGCUACAAACACAACGUUUCUACACAGAAGAUGCAGAGGCUCAAAUGUGCACCGAUCACCGCCAAGGCAGAAACUUCAGACGAGUCCGACGAAAAGCCGACGGCCAACGGAACAGACGCAGAGCAUCGCAACAACAACAACAAACCUUUCACCAACGGGACCUGCUCGUCUGGAUUCCUUCACUCUCCUGGGGUGAGCCCACAGCUCGGCCUCACCUAUGACUGCAGUUCUGCAGAGUAUCUCUUCCAGCUCACGGCCGUGCUGGUCCACCACGGCGACAUGCACUCAGGACAUUUCGUAACGUACCGCCGCAGCCCCUCCCCGCCCCGCAGCCCCUCCCCCUUCUGCUCUCAUUGGCUGUGGGUGUCAGACGACUCGGUACGAAAAGCGAGCCUGCACGAGGUGCUGUCCUCGAGCGCUUACAUGCUCUUCUACGAGAGAGUGCGAAGACUGAACCUCCCUCUCUGCCCGGAGGAGUGACCACGACGAGCUCACGACCUCGCAGCCUUUUCCAGUCACCGUGCAGUUACCGACAUGUGGAUUAUGACUUUCUCACGACCAGACCAGACAGGAAACGCAUCGCUGAGUUAUUCUAACUUUGCAUCACGGAUCACUGCAACAUCAAGGUGAUUGGACUCGCAGCACCUCGUCUGCUGCUCUGAACUAAAGGCUCGUAUCCCCAAAGAUUGUUGAUCUGCAGGAUUUUUACUCUGAUAUCUCUUUAACACGUGUAACAAUUUCUGUCGUGUAACUUUUUGGCUUCUAUGGAAGAAAACGAACAGGAACACCUGAUGGUUUAGUGCAUUCCUAGCACAUAGACUACACACGUGUGAUCAUUAUGACGAGACUUUUAUUGAGGCUGGAAUUUAAUCACAGGUAUGUCACGUUAAAAGGAAAAUCUUUUUUAUUAGCCCCUCGAAUGACCUCCUCUUAUCCGCAGAGGGAGCAGAUCCUCCAUCAUGUUGAACUACAGCAAACAAAGAAAAGAUGGAUUCUAGAGCAGGGCUGUCAAGAAACCUGGAUUUCAAGCGUUGUUAUGAUAAAACUCAAACAAUAUAGGAACCUGUUUCGAUACCACGGCAACCAAAAUAGAAGUCGUAGGCACCACGUUUUGGGUGAUCUCUUGUUUUUAAUCAUGAAAAAAUUGCAGGUUUUGCACAUUGUCUAAAUUGCACAAAAACAUUGGUACCAAUAUGUUGCCUUUGUAAUCGUGCAAUUUGGACCAUGUGACCUCCCCUGCUUUCUGUCCGUCUGUAAGAGACUUCAUCGUGUUUUCCGACCUGUGAAUUUAAACGUACCAGCGUCGCUCUCUCCUCUCUCGUUGCAACUUUGGGUUCAAUCAAAUUCACCAUCUGUUGCUGUUUAAAGCUUCUGAUGCGUGAUACCGUGACCAUUACAAUAAUGUGGACAGAAUCAUUUAAAAACGCUUUAAUCAGAAAAGUAUCAAAGUAUGGACAACCUCAUUCAAGAGUUUGUGUUUUUAGCACGUUUUGAAGCUAACGGCGAUUCCUUUACUCGCUUUGAGGGAGCGCUGUGUGAAGGGAGCGCUGUGUGAGGGGAGCUGUAACCAGUUUGUUGGUAAUCUGCAAACUAGCUGUUGACCCUUCUUCUUCUUUUUCCACUCUGACCGCUGAAGGUGUUCCUGUUGUUUUUCCCUCUGCCUGUACAUCACAGCUGCAAACAGACGUAGCUGAUUAGGAAUUCUCUGAGAUGUCAUGUAGAAGUUGUUACAUAUUUUUUUUAAAUAGGUACAAUUAUGCUUCACUCUGGUUCUCUAUACUCUGAUCUGAUUUGUCUAAUCAUGCCGUGUAGGAAGUGGGAUGUUGUUCAUAAACAGACUCGAUCAUUUCCUGUGUUUCCAGCAGUGACCCCUCCUCUGUGGUGAUUUGCAGCGAUGCACAGUUGAGGUUAAAGUGCCAUGUUGUCUCUGAUCUUGAGAUUUGCACUUUAUAUUACAGUAUGCUAAUGAGAUGGUAACAGUGAGGUAAUCAUGUCCCCUUGGGGAAAUUUGUCUUGGACUCAGGCCUCGUCCACAAGUUUUCUCUGCGUUUUGGUCUUUCAUAAGCAACUUUUAGGUCACUGAAAACGCACCUUUUGUAAAACUACUCCCAGGGUGAAGUUGUUCAGAAACUCAGUUUAAGGCGUUCCUGUGUAGACGAGUUUUGUUCUUGUAACGUCACACGUGAAAUCAGUGCGAUAGCAGACGUAACCAAACUAGUGCUCCCGCGAUGUUGAGGAGCAGAGGCGCCUGAAUGGACGACUUCGUAAAUUAAAUGUUCACUGCAGAGGAAUGGCGAGAACAUGACAGGACAUCGUUUUUGACUCAUGACAGCUGUAACAGUGCGUUUUGUGUUUCCCUGUGGACAAAGAUGUUUUUGAGAAUUUAGUGCGAGUUGACGGGAUUAUAAAUACCCGCUUACACGUGGAGUAGGCCUCAAAGUGCUGCCAAACAUUCAGCUGCUUCCAAUAGAAUCAAUCAAUUAAAAACAAUAGAAAAAAACAUCCAUAUGUGAACAGAAAGGCAACUCAACACAUGUUAGCACGUUACCCGUAUUACAGAAUAUCUGCAAAAAGAAACGCAGCAUGAGAGAUGACAUAACAAAAGGUGUUUUUGAACACUUCUGGAGACUUUUUGUGCAGAGAACUAUCCACGAGGGAGUUCCCUGAGAACUACACACCAUGGGGACUUGUUCUGUCUGCACUCGCAGCGCCCAUGGUACCAACUCUGAAGCAGGAGCUCAAAAGGUUCUAGGAACUUAAAAAGUCGAUAGUUCCUGCGGUGCGGAAUCAAUAAAAAGAGACGGGGAGGGUUACAACCAGUGGUGUAGUGCAGGUAUACACACUUCUAAAUUUCCUCUGAUUCCCACCAAUGAUUGACUGACUAUAUUCAGUAGUAUGCUGCAUUUUGUUCCUAAGAUGGUGCAGGCUAACUAAAUCUGUCUUACAUGUCAUUGUUUGUUAUAGAGGACGUUUAUACUCUGCUAGGCGGACUCUUAAAAAACAUCAUUCCUGUUCCUAGAACUAUGAAAAAGUUUCUGCGAUCCAAAAACAUCUUAAGGUAAAAUAAUAUGGAAACAUUUAGGAACGACCGUCACAGCCUUAGGAAACAUUAUUCAGAAUUUAGAUUGACGUGGGAGCAAAAUAGUUUUUGAAGCGGUUCAGUUGACAUUGAGGGACUUGAUAACGUGUAUACCUUUGUUUUUUGACACAUUAUCAUGUGGUUACAUGCAUUAGCUGGUCAUAACGUAUGUAUCACCUCACUGUUACCCUCUGAUGGCCGUGCUGUAACAUGAAGAGCUCCUGAGAUAUUGAACACACAAAGCCACGUGUGUUUCAGUGAAUGUGAAAGUAUAAUGAUGAUGAUGCAGUCGAGCCGGUCAGUCAGUGUUGUGUUGAAUUCAAACCUGUUUAUGAAGCCACAGUGUGACUGCAGGUUCAUGGGGCAGGUUAUCCUGAGAUUCAAUUUUUUUUUUUUUUGCUCCAACCAAAUCGGGCGAGUCUCAUUGAGAAAUUUGGGCCCCGGUGCAAAACUCCUUGUUAAUGUUUGCAAUUUGCACUGAUGAUGUAUAUUCCUGUGAGAUGAUGUGUGUUUGUGUACAAUCUGUAAAGGUGAUUGUUUUCAGGUAUUAAAACUAAUAAAACAAAUCUGGGGUUGCCUGCACUUUAUUUUAGCAUGACACAAAAUGAGACGUUCACGACAUGCACAACAAAAGGCUUUGAUUUUAUUUUAUUUUAAAUUGUUAAUAAAAUUAUUAAUUCAUA